AUGAUAACAGGUGUUAGGUUUCAUGGCCGGCGCGAAUGGGAGGAUCCGAAGUCCCCCAACGAUGUUGUGCAUGUAAUUUUCAAGGACAAGGAUGGAACAGAAAUAAGGGUUGCCGGCAAGGUUAACGACAAUUUAAUGUACCUUGCCCGUCGGCACGGCAUUGAUAUUGAGGGUGCGUGCGAAGCUUCAUUGGCCUGUUCUACCUGUCAUGUCUACGUGAACGAAGAAAUGUUGGAUAAACUCCCCGAGCCAAGUGAUGAAGAAAAUGAUAUGCUAGAUAUGGCUCCGUUUCUCAAACUAAAUUCCCGGCUCUCUUGUCAAAUAAUCCUGACUAAAGAGUUGGAUGGAAUUGUGAUCGAACUGCCGCCAGCAACUCGGAACUUCUACGUGGAUGGUCACAAACCGGAGCCACAUUGA